GAAACGUUGACAUCGCAUCAUCAAGGGGUAACAUAACAAAUAGCCUACACUGCACUCACUAUGUGGCUUGCAAAAGUAGAUAUCAUCCCGCGAAUGAACUGAUAUGAAAGUGGCUUUUGCACCCUCGUUCCCAUCUUUUCGUAUGCCCAUUCGAGGACCCUUUGUUCGUUCCGCAUCUCUUGGAGGUGGCACUUUCGAUCCUCUCCCUACGGGAUCAUCACCUACGCCUACAGCUGCAGGACUGCCUAGCCCACCAGCCUCCAUUUCGUCCUCCAGCUACUCGCAGGAUGGGACUCAAAGCACAAAUCAGCAGAAUGCUCAAUGGUCGACAGCUCCGUCAUCCUCGCCGGCGACAUCCAGACGAAUCCCAGGAACCUCAAUAAGCACGCCAUUCCCAUCAUUGUCACAGUCAGAUGGCACAUCAACUAAUUAUAAAGGGCCAGAGGCGAGCACGUAUAUAUCAACAUCCAUUUCGCUUUUUUCACACUCAUCGAUGAGCACUGAUGGAGGAACACCCACAAAUGGGCCACCGUUUGGCAGCGGAAUCACUACUUUACCACCACCUGUACGCACGGGCGGGACAACUUCUCAAACCAGUCCUACUACUUUCGGCCCUUCCAAUAGCGAUCUCGCUACGAACGUCUCGUCAGAUACCCCUAGUCCUUCACCUCCUAGUGAUGAAUCUUGGCUCAAGCCAAAAACUCUUCCCUCAAUAGAAAUGCCGAGCUCGUUGCCUUCAUUCAUAUCUAGCUUGCCCUCGUCCGUAUUCAUCCCGCCAACUUUAACCAUACCGUCUUCGCCACCUAUUAAUUUAUCCACAUUCACUUCACUACUUUCAUCCAUACUCGCCUCGCUACCUCCAACUAUACCGGCCAUGCCAUCUAUACCACCCACAAGCUACUUGACAAAUGAGCCACCUACAACGUCGGACACAAAUCUUUCCACUUUGCAGAAACAUACGUCCAGCCAACAGUCAACUUCACCUUUGACCUCGCCAACUCCAGGUGGCUCUCCGACGAUGGUGCCGGGUGCCCAACCUUCCUAUGCACCUCAGUCUUCCAACAGAAGCCCUGUGAAUACCCCGAUCCCGACUGGGAAUGGUUUUACAGUCUCAUCCAUAGGUUCACCUACGCCAUCCGGUAGUCCCGUGGGCAACCCGUUAUCCACUACUCUUUACACAUCCUUCACCGGAGGUGUGGAAAAUGUCAUAAGCACGACGCCGCCCAUCCCACACGGUGGGUAUACGCUUUCUCCGAUCACCUAUACUUCGAUUGGUACCUCCACUAUUGUAACAUACUCCUGCUCUGGGUCUAUCUCAGUACUCCUGACCCUGACAUCGACAUCGACGUCCGUAAUUCGUACCACAAGUCCAGUACCAACUUCGGGAGUCAGGUCAAGUGAAGCCCCCAUCAUUGGAGGGAUUGUGGGCGCAGUCCUUGCACUUUUGCUUCUCGUUAUUGCAGCAUGUUAUCUCAUUCGCCGCAGGCGGCGUUCGCGGGCUCACCGGCAGCUUUAUGCCAGUGACCUUACCACCCUCUCUCUAGCAGAAACAACCAUAAUGCGUGAGAAUGACCCUUUCAGGCCUAUGUACAGCUUCGUCGUAAGAGGGCAAGGUGCGAAAGAGAGUCGUGGCGACCUGCAUCAGGCCUCAAACUCCUUUGGCUCAUCGACCUUCCCUCACCCCUCAAUUGCCAGCUCUCCGCAUAGAUUAUCUCGUGGUUUGUCGGACUCAAUCUCGCACGAGAAUUUUGACAGAGAGUCAAACGAUGGGGACAUCUCCUUAGGUGACCAAUCGGAAGGCACUUUCGCGAGUGCACCGAGUUUCUACGCGUCUAGUAAUGGGCAGCCUAGCUUGAACGGCGGUAUAGGUAUCGCGAUCGGCUCUCAAUCAAGCAUGGAUUUCCACUCAUAUCACACUGCCGCUACCAUGCUUGACACGGGGGCCCCUAUUGUAGAUGUCGAAGGUUGUUCCACACCAAGUCCUUCGGCAUUCCCCGUUCCCCCGGUGAAUCCGUUCCUGGAUGGCGCCCGAGUCAUUGACCUUCCUUAUUUUGAGGCCUCUCGUGCACAAAUCCGACAAGCGGUCCCAGUUACAUUUGAAGACGCCGCACUAGCUCCAAUGAAAAUUCGCCAGUUCUCAGAGCCACAAGCGUCUUGGGGAAUUGCUGCCGGAAACCCUGAAGAUCAUGAUGUGCCCACGCCAAAAGCAAUUCGGAGCUUCAAUACGCUUAUAGGUGAUGAAUACGACGAUGAUCGAUCAAGUCAGGACCUCCAAACGCCCACGCAGUCCCGUCCCCAAGUUACGCCAUUCGAUGAUUCGUCCUUUAUCAUCAAUCCAUUUUUAUGUGAAACGUCGCAGGAAGGGUCUUGUGAUGAUUCAGGGGGCAGUGACAGCUACGAGACUGUCUCCAUCAAGCCAUAUCCGUUCCAAUCCAGGGACAAGGGCAAGGGACAAGAACACCUGUCCGCUGAUUUGAUGGAUGAUCCCAAGAAUAACAGAUUGUCGGAUGCCAGCUCCGCUCUUCAGUACCCCGAGAAUCCAGUAAGUCCUGAAACGGUUUUAACGAAUUUUAUUAAUUUAUUACUGAUGCGACGACGUGUUCAGUCACAGUGUGGUCUUGCACUCUAAGCAGAUAUCAGUAUUUAUAAAUUAUUAUCGGCUGACCCC